AUGGAAGAAAAAGUAAGAUCUCAGGAGCAGUUGGUUGAUCGAUUAACACCAGAUUAUGAUGAAGAAAGGAAUAUAGUAAAUUCAGUAUCCAACGAGAUCAGUCUGCAAAAUGAUCAGUCGCAGCAAGAUGACUCAGAUGAUGGAUUGGAAUCAUUAGAAGAAGAUACAGAAGAUGCCGAUUAUACGUCAUCAUCUGAUGAGUAUGAAAUAGAAGAAAACGAUGAGUCGCUAUCUACAACUAUAAUGCAUGAAAUCCAAGAGGGAACAUACACUUGUUUAGUUUGCAUCUCUGAAAUAGAUCCAUUUUCAAAAGUUUGGUCUUGUGAUAAUUGCUAUCGUGUAUACGAUUUAGAUUGUAUUAAAGAUUGGGCAAUUAGGGGUUCUUCAAAGGAUCAAUCAAGAAAGACUUGGAAAUGCCCUUCAUGUAAUGUGGAGACGAAGAAGAUACCUAAGAAGUUCUCUUGUUGGUGUGGCAAGACUACUAACCCGGCACCAAAUCCUUUGAAUCCAUUCAGUUGUGGUAACCCAUGUAAUGAGCCAUAUGCUAAUUGUAUUCACAACUGUAGCUCAGUUUGCCAUCCUGGGAAACAUCCAGUUUGUGGUGCAAUAGGACCCGUUUUGAAAUGUAAGUGUGGUAAGUUCGAAAGACAAUUGCCAUGUUUAAUUACCCCUUAUGAACAUAGUUGGAGAUGUGACUCGCCUUGUGAUACAGUGGUUUGUAAUUUAGGUCAUAAAUGUGCAUUUGGUGGAUGCCACCUGGGUUUCUGUGGACAAUGUCAAGAAAUUAUUAAAGCAAAAUGUUACUGUGGCAAAGAAGAAAUGGAUAUAAAGUGUCAUGAGCGUGCACCAGAAAAGUGUUCGAGGAUAUCUGGAGAUCUGAAUUGGAUUGGUGAAAGUAGUUGUUCUAGUUUGACAACGAUUUAUUACGAAUGUGGUAUCCAUUUCGAGGAAAUUACAUGCCAACCAUUGCCUACAACUACGAAGGUAUGUAAUUUCUCUCCUUCUAGGAUAAAUACCUGUUAUUGCGGGAAAACAGUUGUUGAUUCCUCCAGAAGAACAAAAUGUACCGACCCAGUCCCAGAGUGUGAUUCGGUAUGUGGCAAGACGCUUAAAUGUGGAUGCAAGUGUUUAUUAAAAUGCCAUUCGGGUGAGUGUAUUUGUUACAACAUUAUGGAAGAGAAAUGUUCAUGUGAGAAUUAUUCUUAUUUAGUUCCAUGUAAAUUUCUUCAACAAGGUUACAAACCGAAAUGUAACCAUAAGUGUCCAGUUUUGCUAAACUGCCGGAAACAUGUACAUAAGGAAGUUUGCUGUCCUUAUGAACAAAUUGCACUAAGACGUGAAAGAGUAAAGAAGAAGGCCAUUAGAAACAGAAUACGCUCAACUUUCAAUAAUGAUGAAGAAUUAAUGACUAUGGAGCCAAUACAUAUAUGUACUCGAACUUGUAAUAGGUUAAAACUGUGUGGAGAACACUACUGCGAAGCUUUAUGUCAUAGUGGAUCUUGUGGAGUAUGCUUGGAAUCAUCAAAUGAAGAUUUAGUCUGUCACUGUGGUAAAACUGUAAUUCCCGCCCCAGUCCGAUGCGGCACCAAGAUUGAAUGUCAUUAUCAAUGUGAGAGAGAAAAAGCAUGUGGACACAGACAGGAGCCACAUAACUGUCAUGAUGAUACGGUUGACUGCCCAAAGUGUACUAAGUUAGUAGCAAAAGAAUGUGAAUGUGGUUUGAAAAGUGAUAUUCCAAAUAUAUUAUGCUCUCAAAAGAACGUGUCUUGUGGUACAGUUUGUAGAGUUCCGAAAAACUGUGGUCAUCCGUGUAUGAGAGUAUGCUCUAGUGAUUGUACUAAAAGUAAUACGCAUGCUUCAUCUACAUUAUGUCAGUCAGCUUGUCGAAAAAAAAGAAAUAGCUGUCCUCAUUAUUGUCAUUUAAAGUGUCAUUAUAAUAAAACUGGAAAAUCGCCUAAAUGUGAUGCAACUGUUUGUUCUGAUCCAGUUAGAGUAUCUUGUGCUUGUGGCCGUAUUUCGAGAACAAUUUCAUGUGGAAGUUCUUUGGAGGAGGAUACAAAGAUAGGUACUAUUUUAGAAUGCGAUGAAGAAUGUGAAAAAAAUAAGAAAGAUAUUGAUUUGAGAAAAGCAUUGGAUUUAUCAGAUGAUGAAUCAUCUCUCUUGUCGGAUAUACCUUAUCUGGAGAAUUUGAUGAACGUGUAUGAAAGACAAACUACUUGGUGUUCUCGAAUUGAAGGCACAUUACGGGGAUUUAUAGUAGAUUUUCAAAAUAACAAACCAGAAGCUGAAAGUAUUCCAGCUUUCAACAAUAGGUUAUACCAGUUCCCACCUAUGUCAGCACCUCAAAGGUCAUUUUUAGAAGAGUUAGCUUCUAAUUAUAAAAUGUAUACGGAGCAGCAAGAUUCAGGAUCAGGUAAAUCCAUAUUUGUUGUUAUAACGGAAUCUACCGAGUUGCCAGAGCUUACUAUUAGUGAAGCAGUUUUGCAUAAACAGGAAAUAUUAUUAGAGGCAUCAAAGGCUGAUCGAUUAAAACAAAAAGAUAUCGAUAAUGCUUUAUUUAAUGCGUUGAUAAUUCAAGAUGUUUUCUUUGGUAUUGUUAAAGAUGAAUUGGAUAGAGAAUUAAAAGGUGUGAUAGAGUCAUUUGGAAUAGAAGAUCCUACCUUAGAGUGGAUGAAAGAGUCAACUUACGUAUUUUAUUCUAAAAGCACUUUCCAAACCAUAGAUAUCAAGGGAGAGAAUGACCUAUAUUUGCUAAUGAAAUCAUUCCGGAAAGUUUUGAGAGAAAAAUCUUUAGCGUUUGAUUGUAAAUUAUGUCUCCUUGAUGACACAGCCAACUAUAUUUUAAAGAUUGAUGAAAAAAAUGCACAUGCACCUAAAACAGAAGAUGGCUCAGUUGUAUCAGAAACAUCAAUGAAUGGCCAAAGCAACCAAUUUCAUUUAUUGGGCGAACCGGAACCUGAAGAACCCGGAGAUGCAUAA